GCUACAUACGUCUGACGUUCUGUGUUGUAAACAGAGGCUUUUCAGUUACUGAGCAUUUUAGUUCUAAUUUCUAAACCAACUUGUAACCGUUUUUAAAAGCUACAUUUACAACACCUCAGAACAGGGGAUGGGAGUGGACCAGCCGGAUCCGGAGGAGGUGGUUGAUCGGCGGGUCUCGUGCGACGGGGAGCGUGCCACCGUGCGAUAUUCGGGCCCGGUGCCCCCCACUGCAGGGUUGUGGUAUGGCGUUGAGUGGGAUAACCUGGAGAGAGGGAAACACGACGGCAGCCACAAGGGAGUUCAGUAUUUCACAUGCAGAAAUCCUAAAGGAGGCUCCUUCGUCCGUCCAGCGAAGGUGAGUUUUGGAGUGGAUUUCCUGACCGUAGUGCGAGAAAAUUACACGAUCGACACCGAGGAGGUGCUGAGUCAGGAGAUCUCCAUUUCCUCCAAGAAACUCAAGUGGGGGAAAGUCAAGGAGCGCAGUUAUGAGAACCUGCCCUCAGUGCUGCUGACUCGCAGUGAAGUGAACGGAGCCGGGGCUGAUGGAGAAAUCAGGGAAACAACGCCAAACGUGCAGUGGUUGGACAUGUGUGGGACUCUGAUGUCCUGCUGGGAGGACGUGGCAGCCAUCACUCAGCAGCUGGAACAUCUGGAGGGACUGCAGCUCAGCAACAACCGUCUGCGUCUCCCCUCUGAAGUCUCGUCUCUCUGCCGGUCGUUCUGCAGCCUCCGAACCCUCGCACUCAACAACUGCGACCUCACCUGGACUCAGAUCCUGGAGUGCGCCCCCAUGUGGCCGCAGCUGGAGGAUCUGUCUUUAGAAGAAAACAACAUCACAGAGCUGCGGAGGCCUGAAGGAGUGCUGCAGUCCCUGAAGAAUCUCAACCUCUCCUCAAACCCUUUAGAGCAGAACACGGUGCUGAGUAUCGCUGCUCUGCCCAGACUGGAGGGGUUAGACUUGUCUAAAACCGGACUGUCGGACAUCAGAUUUGAUGACGCUGCUCCUGGAUCUCAAACAGACAUGUUCGCAGCGCUGACGACUCUCAGGCUGGAUUACAACAAAAUCACUGAGUGGUGUGUGGUCGAUGAGUUGGGGAAGCUCCGCAGUCUGGUGAUCUUCUCGUGUCGUGGGAACCGCCUGCUGAGCAGCGACGGAAACCCCAGGACAGCCAAUCAGAUGCUGAUUGCCAAACUUGGAAAACUGGAGCUGCUCAACAGCUGCGAGAUCGUCCCUGACGACAGGAAGGGGGCGGAGUGCGACUACAUGAAGAUGUUUGGUCUGGAGUGGCUGGAGGCGGGCGGAGGCAGCGAGCCGAGCAGAGAGUUCAUCAUCCAGCACCCCCGAUACCUGAGCCUCGUUCAGAAGUACGGCGCUCCAGACGAAGGCCUGCUGAAGAAGUGGGUGCCGUUAGCUCUGAAGAACCAGCUGUUAAAGAUUACAUUUGUGUUUCCUGAUCACCCCGACCGGAAGCCGAUUGAGAAGAAACUUCCAGGCUCCAUGGAAGUUCAGAAGGUGAAGGGACUCCUGAACAGACUGCUGAAGGUCCCUCCUUCUGAUCUGAAGCUCACCUACACCACCCUCAAGAAAAUGGGGAUUGAGUAUGAGAUCGACGGCGACCUGAAAACCCUGCAUUAUUACACGAUAGAGGACGGAGACCAGGUGCAGGUCCGCUGGUCCUGACCCUGAAGAACCGCCCGGACUGAAACUGAACUUCAGCUGCUUCUGACGUCCAGCAGCAGCAGACCGUUUCCUCCUUGGAGAAACUCACACUUUCACUGAGAGCUGGAUUCACUCCAAAACGACUCCCCAACUGGAUCUGUUGGUUCAGAGAAUUGAACCGCACACUGAAUCAAAGCACUGCUCUGAAAAAUGCAUGGCAAUGUAUCUGCUUUGACUUCAUUCAGAAUCACCAAAUAGUCAAAGUGAAAUCAGACGCACUAACAAAAUUAACCUGUUUCCUUCUCCUCUUGCGCUGUUUUUGUUUUCUCUUCUGGGGACAGAUGAGCUGUUACGCUAAAUAUUAAAAUAAAUGUUAGAAGAGUA